CUGCCUGACUGCCCUUUUCUCAGCAGAGUCUCUCACCACCUCGGUGCUACAGACUCCCUCUUUAACCAUGUCCGUCAGAGCCAUGAAGACCACCAGUUACUCCUCCGCGUCUUCUCACAGGGGCCCAUCUCAAGGCUUCAGCAGCCAGUCCUACUCUGGCUAUGGUGGUGCCAGGCAGAGCCAUACUGUCCGCAGCUCCUACGGGGGAGUGGGCAGCUGUGGUGCCAGUGUGGGUGCCGGGGGGUUUAAGGUGGCCGGUGGGUAUGUUGCUGGGGGUGCUGCACAAAGAGGUGGCGGGGUAGAGUUUGGCUACAUGGGAUUUGGUGGAGGUAUGGGAGGUGGCAUGGCCAAUGAGCUGGUGGCCCCCAUCACAGCAGUGACCGUGAACAAGAGCCUGCUGGCGCCCCUGAACCUGGAGAUUGACCCCAACAUCCAGGUUGUCCGCACCCAGGAGAAGGAGCAGAUCAAGAGCCUCAACAACCGCUUCGCCUCCUUCAUUGACAAGGUACGUUUCUUGGAGCAGCAGAACAAAGUACUGGAGACCAAGUGGAAACUUCUGCAGGAACAGACCACGUCUCGCUCCAACAUCGACGCCAUGUUUGAAGCUUACAUCGCCAACCUGCGCAAGCAGGUCGACAACUUGGGUCAUGAAAAAGUCAAGCUGGAAUCUGACCUGCAUCACAUGAAGGGCCUGGUUGAGGACUUCAAAACCAAGUAUGAAGAUGAGAUUAACAAGCGCAACGAAAGUGAGAACAACUUUGUCCUCAUGAAGAAGGAAACAGAUGCAGCCUUCAUGAUUAAGACGGACCUGGAAGCCCAACUGGACGGGCUCUCUGAUAAGAUUGACUUCUUGAGGCAGAUCUACAACGCAGAAAUCAGUGAGCUCCAGGGCCAGAUCAAGGACACAUCCGUUGUGGUCGAGAUGGACAACAGCCGUUACCUUGACAUGGACGCCAUUGUCGCUGAGGUGCGCGCCCAGUAUGAGGAUAUCGCAAACCGCAGCAGAGCCGAGGCUGAGACGUGGUACCAGACCAAGUACACAGAGAUGCAGCACUCAGCCAGCAAACAUGGUGACGACGUGAAGUCAACAAAGGCGGAGAUCGCUGAAAUUAACCGCAGGAUAAUGAGGCUCCAGUCUGAAAUUGAAAUGGUUAAAGCACAACGCACCAAUUUGGAAACUCAGAUCGCAGAGGCCGAGGAGCGUGGUGAGCUGGCAGUGAAGGAUGCUAAACUCCGCAUGAGAGAGCUAGAGGAGGCUCUGCAGAGAGCCAAGCACGACAUGGCCUAUCAAGUCCGCCAGUACCAGGAACUGAUGAAUGUGAAGCUGGCCCUAGACAUUGAGAUCGCCACCUACAGGAAGCUGCUGGAGGGAGAGGAGGACAGGUUAGCAACAGGAAUCAAGGUUAAUGUAGCAAAACAGACAUCUGUGAACUACAGUGCCUACGGCCUAGAGAGCUCCUGCACCCCAGUCUACGCCAGCAGCUCCUUUGGAGGAGUCAAAGCCAGCAGCUCGUUUGGAGGAGUCAAAGCCAGCAGCUCCUUUGGAGGAGUCAAAGCCAGCAGCUCCUUUGGAGGAGUCAAAGCCAGCAGUGGUUCCAUCGCUGCCCUGGAGGGAGGAGCGGUGAAGAGCGCCACGAUCACCAAGACAGAAACCGUGGUGAUCAAGACAGAGGAGAAGAAGACAGAGGUGGAGGAGAAGAAGACAGAGGUGGAGGAGAAGAAGGAGGAGCAGGCGGUGAUCGAGGAGCCGGCUACAGUGGAGCAGAAGGAGCAGGAACAUGUGGAGGACGAGGCUGAGGCUGAGGCUGAAGCUGAAGCUGAGGCUGAGGCUGAGGCUGAGGUUGAGGUUGAGGCUGAGGUUGAGGUUGAGGUUGAGGCUGAGGUUGAGGUUGAGGUUGAGGUUGAGGUUGAGGUUGAGGCUGAAGCUGAAGCUGAAGCUGAAGCUGAGGCUGAAGCUGAGGCUGUGGCUGAUGAGUGAUGAGUUCUGGUUUAUUGUUUUUGGUCUUGCUUGUUAAGAAAAAACACUUUGCUUUUCCCUCCAGUUUUUUAAUGGUAGAUUCACCAAAGUGCCUGCACUCAAUACACAGACACUACUUUCUGUCAGAUAACUUUGAUGAAGAGGUGAUAACUGAUGAGAUUUUAUUCUGGUCUCUGGAAACUUGUGAAGGCUGAGAAAUUGUGUGUGUGGGCGUUUUAUCAGUGUAACUGUGGUCUGACUGCACCACACAUGUUUAGCCAACAGGUGGCAGUGCUGUAUGUGCUUUCCUCUGCUGUUUCCUUUUAUCGUUUGACGAACAGGUAGCACUGUAAAAACUGUAACUUCAAAUUAAAUAAAAUUUUAUAUGAGCACUUUGGAGUAAAAUAAAACAUCACCAUGCUAAACUCCUUGUUCUAAAACUUCUGUACCCAAACAGUAAAAUAUAAAUAAAAUGCUCUUCGUGACUUCUACUUAGAAAUACUUUUGUAGUUUUUCAGUGUGCUGCUGCUGCAACACCUGGGGUCCUGUUUGGUCAACAAUAAAUCUUCUUUAAAAAGUAA